AUGUUCCAGCUGCUGACUUCCAGCUGGUCUCGGCUAAAGACAACUGAAGAGACAUGAAGGAAUGUGACCACCAUCAUCAUUGGAUUGGACAACUCAGGCAAAACAGUUCUUGUGGAGGCUUUCCAAAGAUUACUUCCCAGUAGGAUGGACAAUUGUGUCAAAUCUGAAUUGACUAAACUGCUGGAUGAGUAUGAAGUUUCCAUCUAUGACCUGAACGGAGACAUGAAGGGCCGAAAAAUCUGGCCAAACUACUAGGCGCAGGCACACGGACUUAUUUUUGUCCUGGAUUCCAGUGACUUAGGAUGCAUGCAGGAAGUGAAGAUCAUCUUGACACAUCUACUGUCUGAUACAAGGGUGGUGGGGAAACCUAUCCUAUUGCUAGCCUGGCAAACAAACAAGAAGGACGCCCUCCUACCUUGUGAUACUAUUGAGUAUCUACUCCUAAAAAGGCUAGUGAAUGAGAACAAGUCCCUGUGCCAAGUGGAACCCUGUUCAGCCAUCAAAAACCUCCAAAGAAGGAACCAUCAGCCCAUAAUUGAAGGGCUGCGCUGGCUAUUAGCUGCCAUUGGGGAUAAAUAUGAAGAGCUGUGUACUUGCCAACAGCCACUCACCUCAAGCAUUCCAACCUCCAAGGGCACCAGAGGCUCUGGGGAAAGAUGCUCAUCAGACAGCUUUGCUACCAGGAUGGGAAUGUCCAAAGAAAAAAGACAGCAGCACCUAGGACAAUGCUCAGUGGAAGCUAGGCCCCUAAAGCCAAUUCUACAGCCGUCAAAUGAAGCUUAUACAUGUCGAGGGGCUCAAGAAAAGUUAGGUGGCAUCCAUUUGAGAAGGAAAAUGACCUUGGCAAAGAAGAAUAGAGGAGUAUUGGUAGUAUUUACUAUUACUACAACUAUUACUUGCAUCAUCAGUACCACAGCCACCAUUUGA